GCACACACCCAACCACCACUUACUUACUUACCUUUCCCUCCUCCAACUACCCAUCAUGAUUGCUUUAGGACUCGAGGGGUCCGCAAACAAGUUAGGCAUCGGCCUAAUUCGGCAUACUCCUAGCAAACCCGCUGAGAUACUCUCCAAUAUACGCCAUACAUUUGUUUCACCUCCCGGCGAAGGCUUCCUUCCAAAGGAUACAGCGAGUCAUCAUCGAUCAUGGGUCGUCACUCUUGUUAAACAGUCGCUGAAGGAGAGUGGAAUAAAGGUUAAAGACGUAGAUUGCAUCUGCUAUACCAAAGGCCCCGGAAUGGGUGCACCAUUACAAUCUGUUGCGAUCGUUGCUAGAACUCUAAGUCUAUUGUGGGGAAAGCCAUUGGUCGGUGUGAAUCAUUGCGUUGGUCGUAUGCUUCCCUCAUACCAUACCUAUAAGGAUACCUAACUUUAAUCAACAGACAUAGAAAUGGGCAGGGAAAUAACCGGUGCCAAUAAUCCCGUCGUGCUAUACGUCUCCGGAGGAAACACACAAGUGAUAGCAUACGCUGAGCAGAAGUUUAACCUCCUCUUCAUCCCCGCUUUUUCUCACAAUCUAACACCCGAACUCAACCACAGAUACCGAAUAUUCGGUGAAGCCCUCGACAUAGCCGUCGGAAACUGUCUCGACCGCUUCGCCCGAACCCUCAACAUCUCCAACGACCCAGCGCCGGGCUACAACAUCGAGCAAAUGGCCAAAAAAGGCAAGAACCUUGUCGAGCUCCCCUACGCGGUCAAGGGUAUGGACUGCUCUUUCUCCGGAGUACUAGCAGUCGUCGAUCUAAUGGCUGCGCAACUUCUCUCCGGAAAGCCGAAGCCCCUACUCACGCCUGAGGGUCAGCCAGUCACCCGCGAGGAUCUUUGUUUCUCCUUGCAAGAGACGGUAUUCGCUAUGCUUGUUGAGAUAACGGAGAGGGCUAUGGCGCACGUUGGUAGCGAGCAGGUUCUUAUUGUUGGUGGGGUUGGGUGCAACGAGCGCUUGCAGGAGAUGAUGGGGUUGAUGGCUAGGGAUAGAGGUGGGAAUGUUUAUGCUACGGAUGAGAGGUUUUGCAUCGAUAAUGGGAUUAUGAUUGCUCAUGCUGGUCUGCUGGCGUAUGAAACCGGGUUUGUUACGCCGGUGGAGGAAUCGACAUGCACCCAGAGGUUCAGGCAUGGUUUCCUACUUCCUUUUAUGGCUGUAUGUCUGCUUACGCCAUGUCUCAGAACGGAUGAAGUGCUCGUAAAAUGGAGAGAUUAAUACAUGCAAGCGGUACCGGAAGAGGCGGAUAGGUAAAUGCUACUUCUACCGAAACAUGACCGCGCUGAGUAGCCUACAUCAAAGAGCCGAGGCUAUAAACACAGACUAUCCGAUGAAGAAAGGAAAAAAAAAAAACAUAACAAACCCUAUAGCGAUCUGCCCCACUAUAGGGAAAAAGGAAAGCCAUUUAUCAGCACAUCCCGGAUGCGUGAGCAGGGAGGGAAACUUUCCCAAGACAAAGAGCACCACCCGCAUCAAUCAUGCUCUGCCAUGACACUUAAUAUCUGCCGUAGAAUGGUGACCGCCUAAUAUAGGCUGACACGUUAUCCUGAAAUCUCAAUUCAUCGAGAUAUUUAAUACAAUCGGAUAGAACUCUGCUUUCCCCUCCCUCCACUAUUCCCACAAAUUCUGGAACCCGUAUAAGGUUGUAGGGCUGGCCUGCCGCCUUCACGCUGCUAUCGUCCAUCAAGAUAGUGUUCGUCUGAUCCCAUCCGGGGCCUGAUUGAUGGUUACUUGGAAAGCGUAACUUGAAUUCGCCAGCCCAGAUCCGCGUAAGCCGUUUAUACACCGUCGUCUUCUCGCGGUAUUGGAUAGGCGUCAACUGAAGUGUGUCCCUCGCCCAGACCGCCAGGAGUUUGUUCUUCUGCUCUUUGGUGAAUAUUCUAUUGACCAUCCGCUGAGCAUUCUCAGGUUGCGCUGAAGUCCAGACCAUCACCAAAAAGUGCGCAAAAAUAUGAUCCAGGAAGCUCUCCAAUCCAGGACGGCAGACCGGGUUGUCAGUGUCGCUCCUCCUCCUCCUAUACACAAGCGUGCCAUUCAAAUCGAGUACCAAAAGUUGCUCCGGUGCCCUUGGGAGGGUUUGCGGUUCCAAGAGACUCUUCGCGAGAUAAUCUUCGGUGGGAGCCGGUUUUGGGAGCGGAGUAGAAUUACCAGAAAGCCUCGGGUCACGGUCCUGAGGCCGAUGACCCCACGGCAAUCCGGAACGUUGGUUCCGGUUAUUGUUGUACCCUCGUGGUUGUUGCUGCCAGGGAGGAGAAUCGAAAAAUGCCGGCUGAGGGCUUGGGGAGAAUUGCUGCCGGCUAGGUAAUUGAUGUCGAUGAGCCCCAUGGACCCAGCCUGGAGCAUCCUCUGGGAGAUGCCCCCAAUGCCCAUCUGAAUAUGUGGUACCGCUCUGUCUCCAGUUUAAAUUGCCCUCGUCUUGAGGAUAUCCUGGGGCCUCAGAGAACGGACGGUGGGUGCCACCCCGAGCCCAACCGGGAGCACUGCUGGCUGGGUCCGACAUUGGUAUACUCCCAUGCGAAUAGUUAUCAUAGCUCUCUUGGUGGAAUCCCCCAGAUGCAGCCAAAUUACUAAAGUAUGGAAUCCCGGAAGGUCGAACUCCGGUAUUUUCAGCUGGUGGCGCAGUCGCACUUCCGGUGAAUCCCGAGCUCUCUCUUAUAAAAGACCAAACUCCCUGGCCACUAGAUCGAGAAUCUUCCCCUUUCCCUUCCUCCUUCUUCGCCUUGCCCUGGUUACGCUCACCCCGUAUCACUCCCGGUGACCCAGUCUCCCGGGCCAGAUGGGCAAAGGAGCUGGUAGUGUCCUUCUGCAGCUUGUGGAUAUCCUGGCCAGUGGGAGUCAAAGAACUUCCGUAGCUUGUUUGGAACGCGAGCUCCGUGUUUUUUUCGUGGGGUAUACCGGUACGUUCGUCUGGCUCAGUAGGGAGUGGCAUCUUCUCUCCCCCAAGGCCAUGAGUUUCUUCCGAUCCUAAAUCUGGGAUCCCCCACCCCCCCGACAUGGCCCCUAUAGACCUCGUUUGUGGGUUCCUACACGGGAGCACAACUGAUUCUUCCCUCUGCGGUUGAGUGAGACAUAAGUUAGACAAAUGUAAUUCUAACAGUCAGAGGGAUGGGAAGUACCAAAACAAGUCUAGCACCGAAUACACGAUUCAAAGCUAGUGAGUUUAGGAGUGGUUUGAGUGUGUACAUGAAAGAAAAGGACGACCGAAGUGUGAAUGGAAUCUCAACCGGAGGAGCCUGUCGCAGGCGAAAAGUUCUCGAGGGGAGCAGAGGAUUUGUCGGGGGGUUGCCAUAUGCGGUACCAUUCAUGGGUUAGGGUUGAUCAAAUAUACAAGGGAUGGAUGAUCCCUCAGAUGUUGGCGCCUAAUUAUUAUGGUGCAGGUCCUCCAAAAUGCGCACAAGGCUGAAGGUCCAAUGUUACAUGGCUUAGCUCAAUAGAAUGCCAAGAGUCUCCAAAAAGUAGAUAAUCUUAGGUUUAAGGAUUAUUAUUGUUCCAAUUUUCUGAUUUGUUUUAUAAUAAUAUGAGUACAUUUGAGCGAAAAUGGUAAAACUUUCAGAUAACAACAAAACAGGUUCGAUGGUCCUGAGCCUUGAGCACUAUAUAGAGCACCUUCUGAGUAUCUUAAAAUAUAUUUAAUGUAAAAAUUUGAGUAAUAUUGGACUUGUAAUGAUUAUUUUGAAAAUCUGCCUAAAUUUUUUUUUUUUUUGCAUAUAAUUAUAGCCCACCUUGAAAUCUAUCAGUCAUUUAGUUUCCAAAUAUUUUUAAUUGUAGAAUCUGGAGUUAUUGUAUAGUUUAUUCAAUGUAUCUCUGGCUCCUUGAUUUAACAGACAUUAUAAACCUAUAUGAAGAAUAAUAAAUGCAAUAUAAGUGAAGAUAAGGGCAUAGGAAGAAAGGUUGUAAGAAGAUAUUUGGUGAUAUCUGGUGAUUUUGAGAGAUUUGUAUAAUUAUUAUAGUGGAAUAAGGACUCAAAAAAGUAAACUAAGUCUUGUAGAUGAACCUAGUAAUAAAGGAUUCUUGAAUAAUAUUGUCUGUACUCUCAAGUCAGAAAUUAUUCUUUUAUAACAAUCUUAACUUUUUCAGAUAUCUAUUCAAUAUUAUCACUUUAGUAAAAACUAUGGAGACUAAUUCAGGGAAUUCCUUGUCAGAUACUAAUAGUUACACUCUAGGCUCAGCCUCCAAUUCUGAUAAU